CACAUUUCUUUAAAACAAAAAUCGAGCGACUGUUCGUAGUUUCCAUAAUUUUAAAAAUCAGAACAUCCAAAUAAAAUCAUUCAAAAUGCCCAUUCUGGCAGAGCUUGCAGGCGACGAAAACACCGGCGAAAAUUCGCGCACGUUUGUCUUCGAAGACGAAGGACAUACGCUGGGCAAUGUGCUCAAGGCCAUCAUUUGCAAAUAUCCGGACGUAAACUUCUGCGGCUACACCGUACCGCAUCCAGCCGAAAACAAGAUGCAUUUUCGAAUUCAGGCAGCCAGGAAUGUUCGUGCGAUCGAUAUACUAAAGCGAGGUCUGGAAGAUUUGGAACGGGUUUGUGAUCACACGAUUGAGACGUUUGAGGAGGCAGUGGCCACGCAUCAGUAGGACAGCUAGUUGAGAGUCGGUUUAUGGUAAUUUGGAUGUAAGUUUAAUGUAUUGUUGAAAUAAAUACC